AUGGCAAAAUUAACCGGGCGGCCCCGGCCAGGGGUGUCUCGGGGCCCUCGGCUUGCUUGGUCACUAUCCUUGGCUUUCAUCUUUCUGGCCACCACCAUUGCCACGGGCUUGACCGAAUCUCAGGUUACCGUGUGCUUUGAUCCGGAAGAGUCGACCAGCCAGCAGCGUUGGCUCAUGCAGGUGAACAUGGUCGAGCAAUUGUACGGGCAGAUCGGAGGACAAACAGCCCUUCGCCUUGUGGUACCCUCCAAGGCUGGCUCCAUGGUACUGUGGAUCAACAACUCCGUCGCUGCUUUCAACCAAUGGCAAACACUGCGCCAGCUCAAAACAGUCGCCACAUACCAAGAAGGCCUGGCAGAUCUCGCCCAGGUCAUCGCCUUGGAUUCCCCGCCCCUUCAUCCCAUUGUCCUUCUCGCUGUUGAUGAUGUACUGCGCGACAGCGUCCUAUACAUGGUGCACCUGAAAUCCCGUGAUUUCCCUCUUGUCUUCACCUACGAUGUUGUGGCAGCCAGCAGUGAAACAUACCUGCGGCGCAUCCUUGAUUCCGAGCUUCCGAACGCUCGAGUCCCAUAUGUGACCGGUGAACCAGCCGAUCAAGCCGCAAGGCGGCUUCGUGCCGCCCUUGGCUCGGUGGCCAAUGGCAUACCUCCCUCGUCUGCCGCUACCACGCCCAGCCCUGUGCAGACCACCCCCUACUCAGGCAGCCCAUGCGUCAUUAUGACCUGCAUCUGCGGAGACCGUGGUUAUGAAGUGCGUGUGAUUGAGCCCAAUGGGUGCCAUCGCUGCUACUGUGAGCCUUACCCGGUUAUCUCUACCGAACGUCCUCCCACUACGCGCUCUGCGUCCGCUUCAAUCUCAAGUACGGGUGCCAUUUACACGACCCGGGUUGCGAGUACCACGACGCACACCGUCGCUCCGACGACGACCCGGGUCACAACCACCUCAGCAAUGCCUACAACUGCCCCAUCCUGUGAUACGCAUGUAUGCAUUUGCAAGCCCGGUGCUGUUUCAGUUUGGGAACUCGACAGUCAAGGCUGUCGUGUGUGUCAUUGUCAAGUUGCUCCAACCUCAACAAGCGCCUUCCACACGACACGCCCCUCCUCAAGUAUCUCAAGAACCACAGCCACACCUGUCACACCGCGCCCACCACAGACGACCACUACCAGCACCACUCGUGAGACGCCCACCANAACGUCCUUUGGCGCAUGCCCAACACCGNAAACCUGUCGGUGUAAGCCGGGUGCAAGGGAG